AUGGCGGCAUCGGAAGAUGGUAAAACCCACUCGGGGGCGCUCGCGUGCUCGAAGCAGCCGUGGUUGCCGUGCCGAUAUGAAGUGAGCAUGGACGGGAAGCCGUACCUGAGGAAGGUGGACGUGGCGUCGUAUGACGACUACGACGAGCUCGCGGAGGCGCUCAGUGAGAUGUUCUGCUACUGCUCAAUCAGUAAGCUUGCUGCUAUGCUGCACGAGAUCAAUCAGAAACCCACGCAGAUCGAUGACGCUUGCGUGUAUAAUAAGCCACGGGGAGGAUUGAAACUGAAGAAGAAUUGCGCUUUCUAUUUCAUUUCGCGCACGGCUGUUGGACAUGUAUGGCGACCUGGAGCAUGCCAUGGUGUUUGA